AUGAAGCUUUCGACUGCAUUUCGCAUUCCCCUUUCAUAUAUUUGCUUUGCGAGAACUUUAAUACUAAUGGCAUGUUAUUGCACUACUGGCAUGGCGACGACUGUCUCAAAGGAUAGCCCGAGCGAAGGCAUCAACCUAGUCACAUUUCUCGAAGGAAAGCCACAACAACAUGAUGCAAUUUACACAGGAGCAAUCCAAAUCCUUGAGUCAAUGAAGACAUCUCCUUCCUGCAAUCGAAUGGCAGCGUCGGAGCUGGUCAUGUCAUGCCAAUCUCUGGGAGACAAGUCUGGUGAUACCCCGGACUCAGGAACAUAUGUUACCUUAGAGCGUGUACGCUCCUUCUAUGCAGCAAGACUGGCUAUCUGUGAGCUGAACGGGGCUGGGGCAUCUGUUCCCCGUCUAUGCAUUCCGGUCACUGUGUCGGGGCCGCCUGGGAAACGCAUGUUCAGUAUUCCCUCCAGAAGCAAACCGCCCCUUAGUCCCGUGGACAAGGAGUCAGCAGCCCUUUUAGAAGGCUGUCUGAAGACUUUGGAAUCACGUCCGCAAUGGUGGACGUCAUAUAGCAACAACAGACAAAAUGCAGUAGUUAUAUGCCAAGCGGCUAGGAUCGAGGGUGAGAAAGAAGAGCUUUUGGAGCUUUAUAGAUCUAUAGUUGAAAGCUCUUCGAAACUGAACGAUGGUCUGCAGGACGCUCUGCGGGCAGCUACAGCGCAGUCUUCUCAGUAUAGAACAUUUAUGGACGUGACGGAAGCCAUGCAGAUGAGGAUGCAUCAUGAAAUGAGAGAGACGGAGUCGCACUUCAAAAGCUUCUUAGCAAAAAUCUUCCAGGGAAUUGAAGUCAGCGCUCAAUCUGCAAUCAUCGCGCUUACUUCAGCCCUUGAGAAUUUCCAAACGGGAGCUUUGACGUUUGAGAAGAAUGUCCAGAAUAUAUCACGCGAAGCUGAUGGGUUACAAUAUAUCAUACGAGCAAUUCAUGAUGAAGUUCUCGCUCGGCAUGACGAACUAGAAACGGCUCGUCGACAAGACGCCCAAUCACACAAAGAUAUUGUCACAGCUAUCCACAGCGAGCUAGAGUCAAUACUACAAAAUGAAGUGGUCAAAAUCUCACACGGCCUCGGUGCAUUCGAUGCUUCUUUGGAAUGGCUGGCUGCGAAGCUGGAGAAUGUUAUGCAGCAAGAGUUGAGUAUAUCUGAGCGGCUACGGAAUUUCGAAACAUCUCUCGAGGAAUCUCGCUUGAGAGCAGAAGACCUUCAAACAAUGCAGGUCCGACAGUUCAACACAACAAAGGCACAAUUAAAGCUGCAGGACAGCCUACACAUGCAGUUGCAAAUUUCGUACGCUUUGCUCGGCCAAACAGCUGCCGCUGCUGCAAAUCUACAGGCCAUGAUCGACGAGGCAGCAGCCAGAUAUAAGGGGUUUUCUGGUUUGGCCGGGCUUCCCUGGCAAUACUCCACAUGGAUAGCAUGCGGCAUGUUUUUCAUCUAUGCAAUAAUCCAAUGCCCAACAUUUACCGUCGCUUUGCUUGCUCUGGGGACAGCCCCUUUCAUUAUAUGGAAAUCCAUAUGA